UUCCAGAAUAUCGUUCUUUUUGUCUGCAGUGUAAGCACAGCUGUUAUUUUUGCACCCUGAAAAAAAAGAUCAUCAUCAUAGAAUGGAUUGAUUACGUGUCUAACACACUCUAGCCUUUCGCCUCUCUGCAUUAUUUUCGAAUAUUCGUUGUUCUUAGUUCAGAAUAGCUUUGCUUAUGUUCUCAUUAUAUUUUCUGUUUUAGAUCUUAAACAAAAUGAGUUCCUGUUCAACAUUGUGUCUGAGUAGUAGUGGUACUAUGCCAACUCUGAAAUGCAUUUCUUGUUCGCUACUCUACCAUCUUGACUGUGUUAGUGAGUACAAUAGUGCUGAUCAAGAGCAGUCAGAUCUAAAUUUAUGUCGAGUAUGAACAAAUAUUUUUCUUAGUAUAUUUAUUGCUCGUAGUUCUCAUGUGAUUUAGGCGUGUUGUACGGAAACUUAUAAAAUAUCACCAGAUACUCCAACUGUCAAAUUUGAUAAUCAUCGUACAAUGGCUGACACCCAUUCAUUAGCGUUUAAUCGUUUUGAACUCGUACGGAGUUGUUUACAAUCGAAACAAUAUUACUGUAUCAAAGUGAAUGAUCGACAUAUUCUGCUACAUCGAAAUUCUAUUAAAUCUAACGGUAGCGGUUGGUCGUUAGAACUUCCACCGGAAAUCAUUUCGAGAUCAUUUGGUACGAAGCAAAUGUCGAAUAUCGAUGCUGUCUUAGUCAAUCAUCAAUUAGACGAACAUUUGUAUGAUAUUAUCGUGUUUCCAGAUAAAUCAGCUAGUAUUGUAAAUAGAGAUCUAGAAAAAUCAGAAGUAAAUGAUGAUUAUAUAAUGAUUAAUGAAGAAGAUGACGAUAUUCAAAUAGUGAAUUAUUGCGCACCACCGCAACAUCCUUCAUCCCCUGUUCGUGAACAGCAAUCAACUAUUAAUGAUCAAAUGAAUAAACAAGAUGAGGAUAACGAUUCAUCUUAUAAUAGUUUCAUACAGGAUUUCGUUUCACCAAUGACGUCACCGUGUUAUGCUGAAUUUAAUAAAAUAUUAGAAUCAUUUGAUAAAGAAGAAAUUCAACAAUUACCGCCACCAUCACCAUUAUCUUCACCUUCUUCUUUUAAAGAGACUCAAAAUCUAGAAGAAAUGACGAAGAACAAAAGUUCUAGAUCGUUCUUAUCACGCUCACGAGAUUCACUCAAAAAUUCUAGUCCCGCUAGACAACUUCGUUCACCUGUAUCAAAAUCAAAGCUUAAACGUUCUUUUUAUUGUCGGAAAACAUUCACACCUGUUCGCUAUUCAAAACGUAAAAUAAUCAAAUCACAAUCUUCGAAAGAUAAAUCAAAUGAUACAAUUAUUACUAAAGAUGAGAAUAAGAAUGAAGGAAUAGUUCUUAGUCCAGAAUUAGUUUCAAAUGCACUGAUAACAAUGAACGAUACGCUUAUAUCUUGCAAACCACCAACUAGCUCAAUUAGUACUGGUAUCGCUAUUAAAGAAACUGUUCAAACAGGAAAUGUAGCCUUAAUUUUAGGUGAAGAAAUGAGUACUGAUAAUAACUUAAUGCACAUAAAAUCAACACAAACUUAUGUUAUCAAGGUAGGUCAAUCAAAAAAUAACGAGGAAAACCAACAACACCAAAAAUGUAAAUUACCACUCUACACAGCUGGGGAUUUAUCGUGGCUAUCAAAUAUUGGAAUAAAAACUGAUUAUAUUCAUACUUUCGCUCAAACAUUAGACAAUUAUCAAAAGUCAGCGCGAACGUCAACGAUAAUCAAGGAUAUUGGACAAGCUAUGAAAGAGAAUGGAGAACAAAUAGCUCCAUCGAUCAGUGAAAGAACAUCGAUAACAGUGUAUAAAGGGCAGCAAGAAAGUGAACAGCAAACUUUACAGUGUGAACAACAACUUUCGUCUCAACUAUCAGUAGAAUUAAUAAAUAAUGUAGAGAGGCGAAAGGCUAGAGUGUGUUAG